GGAACCACAGUGCUGCGGUGUAGGUUUCCAGGCGGCGAGAAGAGCGGCGGACUUAUCGCCUCUCAACAUGCGCCAUUGAAAACAAACGUAGCCGACACUCCGGGCUGCCGCUCUUUCAUUCUAAUUCUAGCUGUUUACAAGGAUCAUCCAGUCUUUGUUAAACCCAUUUCGCAUUUAUGAACAAUGGAGACUAUUUUGGAGCAACAGCGUCGCUAUCAUGAAGAAAAGGAGCGGCUAAUGGACGCCAAAACGAAAGAAAUGUUGCAUAAGAAAUCCACGCUGCGUGAACAGAUCAACUCUGACCACCGAACAAGAGCAAUGCUGGAUAGAUACAUGGAAGUGAGCUCAAAUCUGAGAGACUCUUAUGAAGACAAAGAUGGAAUGAGGAAGGAUGAACUCAGUGCCAUCUCGGGACCAAAUGAAUUUGCAGAAUUCUACAACAGACUGAAACAGAUAAAAGAGUUUCACAGGAAGCACCCAAAUGAGAUUUGCGUGCCAAUGUCAGUGGAGUUUGAGGAGCUGAUGAAGGCGAGAGAUAACCCCAGCGAGGAGGCUCAGAACCUGGUGGAGUUCACUGAUGAGGAAGGUUAUGGCCGCUACCUAGAUCUGCACGACUGCUACCUGAAGUUCAUCAACUUGAAGGGAGCUGAGAAAAUCGAGUACAUCACCUACUUGUCUUCAUUCGACCAGCUGUUUGACAUCUCUAAGGACAGGAAGAAUGCUGAGUACAAAAAGUACUUGGAGAUGCUGCUGGAGUACCUGCAGGACUACACCGACCGGGUCAAGCCCCUGCUGGACCAGAAUGAGCUGUAUGGCAAAGUUUUGACAGAUUUUGACAAAAAGUGGGAGAACGGGACCUUCCCAGGCUGGCCCAAAGAGACGAGCAGUGCUUUAACACAUGCUGGAGCUCAUUUGGACCUAUCUGCUUUCUCCUCCUGGGAGGAAUUGGCAUCGUUAGGUCUCGACAGAUUGAAGUCUGCCCUCAUGGCAUUGGGACUAAAAUGUGGAGGGACUCUUGAGGAGAGAGCCCAGAGGCUUUUUAGCACAAAAGGCAAAUCCCUUGAAUCUCUGGAUCCUUCUCUGUUUGCCAAGAAUCCCAAAUCCAAAGGACCUAAAAAAGACACAGAGCGUAAUAAGGAAAUUGGCUUCCUGGAGGCUCAGAUCUAUGAAUACGUGGAGAUUCUUGGGGAACAGAGGCAGCUGACCCAUGAAAACGUGCAGAGGAAGCAGGCCAGGACCGGGGAGGAGCGCGAGGAGGAAGAGGAGGAGCAGCUCAGCGAGAGUGAAAGUGAAGACGAAGACAACGAGAUCAUCUACAACCCCAAGAACCUGCCACUCGGCUGGGAUGGCAAGCCCAUUCCAUACUGGCUCUAUAAACUCCAUGGGCUGAACAUCAACUACAACUGCGAGAUCUGUGGAAACUACACCUACAGGGGACCAAAAGCCUUCCAGAGGCACUUUGCGGAGUGGCGACAUGCCCACGGUAUGCGCUGUCUGGGAAUCCCCAACACUGCCCACUUCGCCAACGUCACCCAGAUUGAGGACGCCGUCUCAUUGUGGGCAAAGCUGAAGUCGCAGAAGGCAUCAGAGCGGUGGCAGCCAGACACAGAGGAGGAGUACGAGGACUCGAGCGGUAACGUCGUCAACAAGAAGACCUAUGAAGAUCUGAAGAGACAAGGCUUGCUGUAGAUUCAGGGAAAAUGAGAUCAGACGAUAAGCAAACAUGGAAAGAAACUUCUAAAGAGCAUCCUUUGAAAUUUGAUAUAUUUUUUAUGUCUCAUUUACCCAUGUUUGUCUUUAUUUUUAAGUAGUAAUACUGUGUUUAUAGACCGAGUACCACCCAUCAUUUCUCUCUCUUAUAACUUUGUAAUGUGACAACCAUUGAUCAUUAUAAUAAACAUGAGUACUUUUGUCACCA